AUGCUGGGCGCGACGGAAAAACCCCCAGAAAAAGCUCCACAAUUUCCACCAUCUCAACACAAUGUGGCGCCAGACUGUGAUCCGUAUCAUAACCUGCAGUUUGAUAUUGUGAACCGGUCGCACAAAGACUUCAACAGAUCAGAGACUCCUCCAUAUUCCCACGAUAUUUAUGCGAUCUGCUCUCCGAGCGACAACUAUCCCGUUGAAUUUAACGAUAUAGACUCUGCAUUUGACUGCGACAUCAGCACACUGGACGCAUAUCUCCAUGGCACCCCCUGCAUCAGCAAUGCUACCGACCUUACAGUACCACAGCCAUCCUCCAGAAGUGGAGAUUAUUCUAAUUCCUGCGAUUAUUCGUCGUCUCAGGACACAGAUGCUGUCAAGGAGUUUUUUCCGAAUCUCGUUGUGAGCACUGAAGAAAAUACUCGACGUCGCAACUGUUCUAGUGGUACCGCUACUUUCCUGGUGUCAAGCGAUUCAUCGUUUCCGGUCGACCGAGCAGCUGCACGUGCCUCGAGUGAAUACAGAAUAAGACGCGACAAAAACAAUCUUGCAUCACAGCGCUCCCGCCAGAAGCGAGCCGAGAAAAUGCGAGAGAUGCGGCUUGAGAGGGAAACGCUAGAACGACGUAAUAUUGAAUUGAGAACACUCCUUAACUCUUUGGAGCUACAGGUGGCUGACUAUAAAAGAUUGGUUCUUAUGAUGACAUUUAGUUCUGGAAAAUGCAAGGAUAUAUUGUGA